AUGGGCAGGGGUCCCGUACCAAAGUUCCAGAGUAUCAAAUGCAUCAGUGAGCUACAACCUAGGAUCAACAAGCAGCCAGCUUUCCGACGAGCAAACCCAGAGGGAGGGUUCAUCAGUCCUCUACAAGCCCUCACAACACAUCUACCAGCAACAUAUCGAAUUUGCAACCCGACCUUCAAGUACGAAUCAUCUAGGAAUCCUCGACGUGUGCUGACGAAGCCAAGCAAAGGUGUCAAGAACGAUGGCUACGAUAACGACGAUAGCGACUAUAUUCUUUAUGUCAACGAUAUUCUCGGCAGUGAGGAAGCAAACCACAAGUACGACGCUCUUGACACAUUGCACACGUCGAGUCCACAGCAGCAUACUGACUCCUUGUCAACUAGGAACCGCUACCUUAUCCUUGACGUCCUCGGCCAAGGAACUUUUGGACAAGUAGUCAAGUGUCAAAAUCUAAAGACUCAGGAAGUCAUUGCCGUGAAAGUCAUCAAGAAUAGGACUGCAUACUUCAAUCAGAGUAUGAUGGAAGUUUCGGUCUUGGAUUUGAUUAGCAGCAAACUAGACAAGAACGAUGACCACCAUCUACUUCGACUAAAGGACACCUUCAUCCAUCGUCAACAUCUGUGCUUGGUGUUUGAGUUGCUCAGCGUUAAUCUUUACGAGUUGAUUAAGCAGAAUCAGUUUCGUGGAUUGAGUACCACACUCGUGAGGGUGUUCGCUCAACAGUUGCUUAACGGGCUCGCACUCUUGAACAAAGCUAGAUUGAUACAUUGCGAUCUAAAGCCGGAGAACAUCUUGCUAAAAAAAUUUUACCGCUCACCCGAAGUUCUCCUAGGAUUGCCAUAUUCCUCGGCAAUUGAUAUGUGGUCCCUCGGAUGCAUUGUUGUUGAACUCUUCCUCGGGCUUCCUCUCUUCCCUGGAUCAUCGGAAUACAACCAAAUAGCUAGAAUAACAGAGAUGCUGGGCUUGCCUCCAGUAUGGAUGCUCGAGAACGGGAAGCAGGCUGGUGAAUUCUUCGAGAAGACACAAGAUGAGUUUGGCCGACAGAGUUUUAGACUGAAGAGCAUGGAACAAUAUUCUCGCGAGCACAACACCAAGGAACAGCCAAGCAAGAAGUACUUCCAAGCUACCACACUGCCGGAAAUCAUCAGGUCAUACGCAAUGCCGCGAAAGAACAUGAAGCAGGCCGAAAUUGACAGAGAAAUGAACAACCGCGUGGCAUUCAUUGAUUUUGUUCGCGGCCUCCUAUCCAUUAACCCUCUUGAAAGAUGGUCUCCGCAACAAGCCAAACUCCACCCCUUUAUCACGCAGCAAAAGUUCACCCAGCCCUUCGUCCCGCCGGUCCACCUCAAAUCCUCCGUUAUUAAUAAGUCUGUUGCUCCCGGAGUUCAACAACAGCAACAAGCAGAAGCAGCAUCCAAACAACGCGCCCAAGCUGCACAGGCACAAGCGGCCCAAGCCCAAGCAAACUCUGCCGCUGCCGCUGCCGCCCAGUCUGCUUAUGCUCUUCAAAUGAACCAAUUCAACACACCGCACAAUCAACCUCCACCAGUCUACAACAACAUGUAUAAUUCCCAGCAACAGCAACAACACCCGGCCCCGCCUCCACAGCAACAGCCUCAGCAGCAACAGGGACCACCACCACCCUAUCCUACACAACAGGGAUAUCAAAUGCCCAUCAUGCAAUCUGGCCAUAUGUCCAUGCCACCGCAGCAGACACAGUAUGGCUCCUCUCAAAACCUAUACGCGCAAGCAACUACCCGCGCAGGUCGACAACGGGCUACGACAAUGGAUCAACAGCAGAGUGGUAUUCCACCGUCUAUACAACGGGUAGCUAGUCACUUGGACCCCAACUCACCCAUUCGACUCCAGCCUAGCCCGGCGUACUACCCACCUCCGGCAGACGGGUACCCUGACGCUUCCGGCCCAGGUCAAAGACGAACUAGCCGGGCAAGAAACAACGGUUCACACGGCCGAAAUAGAGACUUCAUCCGCAGUCUCGAAGAUGGGGCACUGGGAGAUGGCUUCAUGAACCAGAACCAGAACCAGUGGCACUGA